AUGGCGGAAGAAGAGAAUCGAGGAAGGAAGGAAAAAGAGAGGAAGAUCUCGUCCUCGAGUACUUCCGCGAGAACGACGGAUGAGAAGGUCGAGGAGGAUGACCUUCUCUGUUCCGAAGAUAUGAGGGGGCACUGGUGGGAGGGCAUGACCAAGUUCGACAUGCUCGUGCUUGUCGGUCAUGUUGCGUACAAAAAGUAUAACAUUAAGAAGAAGAUGGAGAGAACAAUGGCUUUGAGCGAGAUCGAAUCCUCUCAGGGUCAUGAGCUUAGUCGGGACCCUGCAACAGUGAGGAAUAGACCUCAAGAGGAGAGGGGACCGAAGCACCCGAGGCCACCAAGGAAGCCGAAGCAAGAAGGCCCUCUGCUCUUCCAUCCCAAGGACAUGCCUCAAGACUUGAGGGGCUGGAUCGAGCGCGAACUUGGAGGGAGCGACAUCGGCCCCGUGUGCCAGAAGGUGCUGACCGAGACUGAUGUGACAAAGCAUUACAGCCGCCUGUCGCUGCCCAAGAAGCAUAUCACGUCCCUCGCGUUCCUGAACGACGAGGAGUUGGCAACACUGCAAUCGAAUCCGGCUAUUGAAGGUAACCAGAGCGGUAUGCCAGUUCAGGCAAAUGGCCCAUCACGCCAUAGCGGUAUUCCAGUUCAGGCAAUAGGCCCAUCACGCCAUCGCCACACGCUAAGCUUAAGGAAGUGGGAGUCGAAAAAGGGAUGCGGGAAGAAAUCUAACGUCUACGUGCUGACCACGAGGGUUUGGACCGAUUUUGUGGAAGAUAACAACUUACACGAAGGCGAUGAGGUUCAGAUUUGGUCAUUCAGAGUCGGGGAGGAACUUUACAUGGCCAUUGUCGUUGUCGAAAGAGCUUCUGAGCCGGAGGAAGCAGGAGAUGACUGA